AUACCAUGUAAACACAGAGAGCAAGUACUAGCCCACACCCUAUAAACAUCAUAUUCACGAUUCACCAAUCGAGGAAACGGCCAUAGAAAUACUGAGGGCUGUUCAUUCCCAGUGCUUGGGAGUCCUUUCCCUCCCAGCCUCCAGCAAAAGCACUGCGUGGACAGAGAGAACCCACAAUGGCACUGUAUUAUACCAGUUUAUUACGGAGACAAAUAAAUAAAUACCGCGCUCAAGAUAUCCCUCAAAAUAACUUUCCACGUGUAUAAAUGCACACUUUUCCCCAUUUCACUGACGUCCCUACCAUAUUUUGGCUAAGUGGACUUAGACAGUAAGACCUAAUUGAAUAGGAAACAUACUUGUGUAACUCAGAUAGUCUCAGAUAUUCCCCAUUAUGUUUUAGAUUAUUAGUUUUACAACUGUUCUAGUGUAAAUUAAAGAUGCUUUCUCUUUCUGAUUAUUUUGCAAUAGGGAAAUUUUUAAGCUCCUAUCUCAAAGAACCCUGUCUUUCAUGUAAGAGGGGCUUUUCCAAGCAUUUAACUUUAGGAGGCAUUAUAUAUAAAACUGACUCUCUCUGAACUCCUGGUGUUCUCCCCCCCCCCCCAGCCUUCCUCUGUUAUGAUGACCAUAUUUCCACUAAAAUAUGACAGGGAUGGAGAAGAAUGAAGUGGCUUCCAAUGACUUGGCCUGUUCUGCCCUCUAGCCAAGCAGAACGGUUCCUGGAAGACCUUGGACAGCAGAAAGGGGAUUAAAGGUGUCCUGUAAUUACCGCGUGUCUGAGGACAUAGCCGGCCCCUUCCCUUCCGUGUGCAAGCACCAGCGGCGGCAUCGGAAAUGAAUUACCGGCCCUCGCCCCCGCGGAGCUAGGAGAACCAGGGACUGCCUCGGCGGGGUGGAAGAGAGGCUGGGUGCCACUACCCCGCUGAGCCCAUCACUGCUGUCCAAACUGAUGAACACCAGUGCUGAACCUGGUGAGCAGAGCUGGGGAGGCAGAGGAGGCUCAGAGGAAGGCGGCUGAGCCCUGCACUUGGCUUUGACGUCGCCGGGCUGCGGCUAGCAGCCUCGCGCUCUCAGCACGUAGCGCACAACGUGACCACACACAGCCUUCCUCCCCGGCAGCCCGGCAGCCUGCGCUCCGCGUCCGCCGUUUCUCCAUCCUCUUCCUCCUCCUCUUCCUCCUCCUCCCUCCUAUCGCCUCCGCGGUGCGCAAGCCCCAGAGUCAACCCAGGGAUCCCGGGCAAGCGUAGGGCCCCGGACGCUCCUCUGCCCAGCUUGGGCAUCUCUGCGGCAACUGCGGCCCACAAGGCGGCCGCGCAGCCGGGGUGCCCUCAGCAGGCGGCCGCUUCUCUGAUCCGCUCCGGAUGCCAGCACUCCGUUUGCCCGGGUGGGGAAAGCCCUUCUGCGGCUCCCGGGUCUAAACUCCCGCCAGUCUCCACCGCCCCCACCCCCUCCACCUGGCGGGGGCGGCGCGGAAGCGAAGAGGACGCGCGGUACGGGUGGGCACGCGUGGACGGUGUGCGGAUCUGCUCUGCGCUCGGCAUCCUCCCUCUCCUGCAAGUGGUGGUGCUCGGACUCUGUUUUCAGCUCCCGGGAUUGGUGCUGCCACCAGGAGCACCCUCUUUGCUUGCGGGGCGCUCAAGGCUGUUUGGAAGAGCCGUGGCGGCGGCGGCAGCGCCAGAGGCUGGUGCCUGGCGAGCUCCAGACGGGCGCUUCGCUCUCGCUUGGACCCUUUCGUCCUCCUCUCUCCUCCUCCGCUCCCUCCUCCCCAUCCCCCGUUUCCCACUCCUCCUCUUCCUCCUCCUCCUCCUCUUCCUCUCCCCGCUCGGCGAUGCGAGUCUGUGUCGUGUAACAGGAUUGGCGUUGCAAUGGCAACUGAUGGAAUGGGGGAAGGCAAGACAGCAGGGCUGGGGGCUCCGGACUGCGGGCGGGCGAGCCGCUGCCGCCGCUUGACGCUCCUCUGGGGACCUUCGCGAGUUACUUUGUAAAGGCGAACCCGGGCGAGGGAGCCCCGCUUCGUGCCCGGGUCAGAGGCCACUUCCUGCUCCCUGGCUGUCCAGCGCGGUUCGCAUCGCGCGGCUACCCCGGGGCUUCUGCCCGCUCCUGCCACUUGCCUGCGACCGGAGCCCGGAGCCGCUUCCCCAAAGAACACUUGUCCUCGCAGCUCUGCUUCCCAUCACCGCCCCCUGCUCCUCCCAGGCGUCUGCGAUUUUUCCCAGGCGCCCGGUGUGAGUGCGGCUUGCGUGUGAGUGCGUGUAUCAGGGUAUUGUGUAGUGGGAGUGUGUUCGCGCGUGUGUGUGCUUGUACGUGUGUGUGCUUGUGCGUGUGUGAGUGUGUGAGUGAGUGUGUGUGUGUGCGUGUGUGUGUGCACGAGUGUGGGGUGUGUGGGGCUCCAGUGCUCCGCUCACGGCCGCUGAUAGGGAAGGACAGACAGACAGCGCUUCCUCCCAUUGCUAGCAGUUCCCGGGCACCUCGACUCGGCCCGGGCACAAGUGGAGCGCGCCUUGCUGGCCGCUGCCCUCCAGAAGGUCCCACUGCGUCCCUCUUGGGCUGGAUAUGUUCAUGUUCACGUGAAGAUGGAUUUAGUGUACGGUCUCGUGUGGCUGCUGACAGUCCUCCUGGAGGGAAUCUCUGGCCAAGGAGUGUACGCUCCCCCGACGGUUCGGAUUGUGCACUCAGGAUUGGCCUGUAAUAUAGAGGAGGAGCGCUACUCGGAAAGGGUCUAUACCAUCCGGGAAGGAGAAACGCUAGAGUUGACCUGUCUGGUUACUGGACAUCCACGCCCACAGAUCAGGUGGACCAAAACAGCAGGAAGCGCCUCUGACAGAUUCCAAGACUCAAGUGUCUUCAAUGAGACUUUGAGGAUUACAAGCAUUCAGAGACACCAAGGAGGCCGAUAUUACUGUAAAGCAGAGAAUGGCUUGGGGUCUCCAGCAAUAAAGUCGAUCCGAGUGGAUGUGUACUACUUGGAUGAUCCUGUAGUAACUGUUCAUCAAAGUAUAGGUGAAGCUAAAGAACAAUUUUACUAUGAGAGAACAGUGUUCCUCCGAUGUGUGGCCAAUUCCAACCCCCCUGUGCGCUACAGCUGGAGACGUGGCCAAGAGGUGUUGCUACAAGGAUCAGACAAAGGAGUGGAGAUUUACGAGCCCUUUUUUACCCAGGGGGAAACAAAGAUCUUAAAGCUAAAGAAUCUCCGACCUCAGGACUAUGCUAACUACAGCUGCAUUGCUUCAGUGAGGAACGUGUGUAAUAUUCCAGACAAGAUGGUGUCUUUUAGACUUUCCAAUAAAACCGCUUCUCCGUCAAUUAAGCUCUUGGUGGAUGACCCUAUAGUUGUAAAUCCUGGAGAGGCCAUAACGUUAGUGUGUGUUACAACAGGGGGAGAGCCUAUGCCCUCUCUCACCUGGGUCAGGUCCUUCGGGACUCUGCCUGAAAAGAUUGUUUUGAAUGGAGGGACAUUGACCAUACCUGCCAUCACCUCUGAUGAUGCUGGGACUUACAGCUGCAUUGCCAAUAAUAAUGUGGGAAACCCUGCAAAAAAGUCCACCAACAUCAUUGUGAGAGCAUUAAAAAAAGGACGAUUUUGGAUCACUCCUGAUCCUUAUCACAAAGAUGACAACAUCCAGAUUGGGCGUGAGGUGAAAAUAUCUUGCCAAGUAGAAGCCGUUCCCUCUGAAGAGUUAACAUUCAGUUGGUUUAAAAACGGCCGUCCAUUAAGAAGUUCUGAGCGGAUGGUUAUUACACAGACUGACCCUGAUGUGUCCCCCGGAACAACAAAUUUGGAUAUCAUUGAUUUAAAAUUCACGGACUUUGGGACUUACACAUGCGUGGCCUCUCUGAAGGGAGGAGGAAUAUCUGAUAUCAGUAUUGACGUUAACAUUUCCAGCAGCACAGUUCCACCCAAUCUGACUGUUCCACAGGAAAAAUCACCUUUGGUCACCAGAGAAGGGGACACAAUAGAACUUCAGUGUCAAGUAACUGGGAAACCAAAACCAAUCAUCCUUUGGUCUAGAGCAGAUAAAGAAGUUGCAAUGCCUGAUGGGACAAUGCAAAUGGAGAGUUAUGAUGGGACCCUCAGGAUUGUGAACGUGUCAAGGGAAAUGUCUGGGAUGUACAGAUGCCAGACCAGUCAGUACAAUGGAUUCAACGUGAAGCCCAGAGAAGCCUUGGUGCAGCUCAUCGUGCAGUAUCCCCCAGCUGUGGAACCAGCAUUCUUGGAAAUCCGUCAAGGACAAGACAGAAGUGUGACCAUGAGCUGUAGGGUUCUAAGAGCCUAUCCGAUACGUGUGCUGACUUACGAAUGGCGUCUGGGCAAUAAAUUAUUACGGACCGGUCAGUUUGACUCUCAGGAGUAUACUGAGUACCCACUAAAGAGUCUUUCCAAUGAAAACUAUGGAGUUUAUAACUGCAGCAUCAUUAAUGAAGCUGGAGCAGGGAGAUGCAGCUUUCUUGUGACAGGAAAAGCCUAUGCCCCAGAGUUCUACUAUGACACCUACAACCCUGUGUGGCAGAACCGACACCGAGUGUAUUCUUACAGUCUGCAGUGGACACAAAUGAAUCCCGAUGCAGUGGAUCGGAUUGUCGCAUACCGUUUGGGUAUUCGGCAGGCUGGACAGCAACGUUGGUGGGAACAGGAGAUUAAAAUAAAUGGGAAUAUUCAAAAGGGAGAACUAAUUACAUAUAACUUGACUGAACUUAUAAAACCAGAGGCCUAUGAAGUCCGACUGACUCCUCUCACUAAAUUUGGUGAAGGAGAUUCAACAAUUCGUGUAAUUAAAUAUACGGCACCUGUAAAUCCUCAUUUGAGAGAAUUUCACUGUGGAUUUGAAGAUGGUAAUAUAUGCUUAUUCACCCAAGAUGAUACAGAUAACUUUGACUGGACAAAGCAAAGUACUGCAACAAGAAAUACAAAAUACACCCCUAACACAGGUCCCAAUGCAGAUCGGAGUGGUUCCAAAGAAGGUUUUUAUAUGUACAUCGAGACAUCGCGACCCAGACUAGAAGGAGAAAAGGCUCGACUUCUCAGCCCUGUAUUCAGCAUAGCUCCCAAAAAUCCAUAUGGACCUACCAAUAGUGCAUAUUGUUUCAGUUUCUUCUAUCACAUGUAUGGGCAACAUAUAGGUGUUUUAAAUGUAUAUCUACGUUUGAAAGGGCAGACGACAAUAGAGAAUCCUCUAUGGUCUUCGAGUGGGAACAAAGGACAACGAUGGAAUGAAGCUCAUGUUAAUAUAUAUCCAAUUACUUCAUUUCAGUUAAUUUUUGAAGGCAUUCGGGGUCCUGGGAUAGAAGGUGACAUCGCCAUUGACGAUGUGUCAAUUGCAGAAGGAGAAUGUGCAAAACAAGACCUACCAACUAAGAAUUCCGUGGAUGGUGCUGUUGGGAUCUUAGUUCAUAUAUGGCUUUUUCCAGUUAUCAUCCUCAUCUCGAUCUUAAGCCCUCGAAGGUGACCUUAUCCUGGCAGAGGCUAUAAAUGAUUCACCAGGCACUGGCAUGAAGAAAGAGUCUUUGUAAAUGGACACUGAAAAAACAAACUACCAAAGAUUCCUCCACUGACUACUGACUCAAAAAUUAAAUAAUAAGAACAACAUUUUUUAAGCACUGGGGAUAAAAAAAAGACAUCUUGGAAAUAUAACUUAUUCCAAACUACAUAUAGAAGAUAUUCUUGGCCUGGGUACAAAAGAGCCCUUCAGGUGCUUUUGUGGCUAAAAUGAUUACAGCUUCAUCUGGUUGAACUCUGGAAAAAGAAAAUAAAAGAAAAAGAAAGAAAGAAAAAGAAGAAGAAGAAGAAAAAGAGCUAUAGAAAUCCUCGUCAAAGCACAAAGUCAUGGCUGGUUUUGUUUCAAAUGAAUAGUUUGCUUGUUACCAUGGAAACCUAAUGGCCUGCCAACAAAAACCUCACUGUAAACAGGGUACGUGGAGAGCUGGCGUUUAUUUUCCUUUCAAGAAGGUUUUAUGUAGAGAAUUAAAUAAAUGUAGGCCCUUUUACCUUGGCUGUUACCCUUCCUUGAAAAUACUCCAAACUCGGAAUUAUUUAAAGGUUUCAUAUCCCUGCCCGCCUUACCCCACCCUACUUUUACUGUUGUUUGGGUUUUGUUGUCGUUGUUGUUGUUAUUGUUGUUACUGUUUGUUGUAGUUAUUUUCUUUUUUCUUUUUUUUUCUCCCUCCCAUGGCUAAGCUAGAUAACUGUAUGAUGUCUCUUUUUGCAUGCACUGCUAUCCAGGAUGGUAAACCUGGGCUUACAUAUUACACAGGCUUAUCGGAGUUUGCUUGCGGCCACUUGACACCCAAACUACGUCAUCUGUUCCUAUGAAGAAACCAAACCACCAUCUUUUAUAAAUUGCCAUGGAAACCAAGUGCCUUCAAUGAAACAAGCCUGAAUAAUUUUCAACUCAGAAGCUUGCACUGCUAACAAUGGUUUGUGUAAAACUAUUUUGUAACCAGACGACACAGCCUAAAUGUGCAAAUUACAGGCAAGACACCCUAGCCGCUUCUGAAGAAGAAAGGACCGACGUGCUGCGUAAACCUACGCAGACAAGAUUAUUUGUUUCACCUCCUAGACAGCCAUGGCCUUUCGGCUUAAUGUCCAUAGAAAGUAACUUCCAUUGAGACCAAACAUGGGAGCAACACUUUUUUCUUCCAGGUUAUUAAUGGGUCAACCAGAGCAAAAGGUUGUUGAGAUAAUACUUAGCACAGAAGGUGGUAAAACACAGAAGUGAUUUUUUACUCUAACCUCCAUUUCAAAUGAGAUUGGCUUUGCCUUUAGAGGGAACAAGGAAAUGUUUGCGAUUGCCGUGCAUACAAACUCUGCCGCGGAACUGGGCCUGAAAAAAAUCUGCCUUUAUUCUAAACACUGAGGGGAAUAGGCCUCUGCCCUUUAGUCAGACUCUGUGCAAAUUGUGAAAUAUUAUUUUAUUAUUUUAACAAGAUUAAAAAACACUUUUACAAAAAAACAAAAACCUGUAAAAAUGAUUUUGAGCUACCUGAGGACAAACCAUAACUUUAACCAGCCAGUUUUCCAAUGCAUUGUAAAUUUCACUUAAACCUGUUGGUUAUGACAAUUUGAAGAUCUUUUUCCUUAAAUUAUCACAACUUUUAACUUCAUUUAAAAAAGACUUUUGUCUAAAGAAGAAUAUUAUUAUUAUCUGUUCUUUCAACACCCCAGGAUUUAAAAAAAAUACUGAUUAUGCAAGUAAUUGGGAUCUAAGUAUUAAAUUGCAGCAUUUGCAAAUAUUAAUAUAAAAAGCACAACAAAAUGUAGUGGAAAUGACAAAGCUUGAUUUUUUAAAACAACUGUAGAGAUGUUUGUGCAAAUUCAAUAAUUCAACUUAAAAUAUAAUUUUACAGCUCUGUUCAAUAAAGCCUCUUUCCAGGUAAGGUAUGAGAAACAGUGUGUGUGUUUGUUGGGCAAUAGUCACCCUUUCAUUUAAUGAGAUUAGUUAUGCAAUUUACUGGUUUUAUUAUCUUGGGAUAAAUCUUCAGUUCUUCAUACACAGUUAAUGUUUGCAGGAACAAAUUUGAAAAAAACACACCAUGUAUUCUCCUUUUAUUUUUGUUAAACCUGUUAAAAUGUUGUACCUCUGUAGGUAAAAUGCAAACCGAAAUACAAGUGGAAAUUUACUAUCAAAUUUCAUAGUCAGCUCAAAAGGGGACAUAUCAGAAUAAUUACAUAGGGAUAGAAUCAAAAUAACCUGUGUCCCAUAAAUCACACAAAGGAGGCAAAUGAUUAACCUAAUUUAUUUUAAUUAAUUAGUUAUAUUGAAAAUCCUUUUUAAAUUUCCAAGUCAUCCAUCUAGUUUCUCAAAUCAAAGAUUUACAGUAGGUAAUAUCUGGGCACUUAGCAUGGGAAAGAUCUGCAUUCACCUGCAUGUCCGCCAUAUUGCCACCAACAAUAGUUCUGCACUACCCAGGACGAGUAAAAAACAAAUUCAUUAGGUCUUACUUUUUGCAUUCUCUCUGCCAGGUCGACAGUACGUGUCUUCUGUUUAAAGAGAGGCUCGACUUGUUAUCUUCUUUCAAUUACGUUUAAGUUGAUUUGAGUGAGGCUUUUGUAAAUGAAUUUAAAGGAAAAAGACCCCUAAAUUCUGAAUAUCGGAAGGCAUACAUGUCACUUCAAGAUAACUUAGUUUUUUUUUCUCCUUCUCAGUUAUCCUGAGCAAAGAAGUCGAUAUGAAAGUUUCAGUUGUGUCAUUAAAGCAUUUAUCGAACGUAAAAAUCUUUCCUAAAUUUUCACAUAGUAAGAGAACACACUCUGGAAGUUAAAGAGAACUGGCUGGUACUUCAAAAUUAAUUUUUAUUAAACUUCUAAGAAGUUGCAGAUGGUUGUGACGAACACGGGACUAUCAGAGGUGAGAGCAGGUGGACGAGAGAGGUGGAGAGAAACACAAUUUCUCACAUGAGAGUCACAUCAUUUAGACUCGCCAAUCAACAUAAUCACUGUUUUUACAUCAGAUCAAAUGCUCAGUUGCUUUAAUGAAAGUAAAUGGCUAAAACUGUGGAAAGUUCUAAAUGAGUUGGAUACAUGAACUGGAAACAUUGUGAAAUCACCUUGUCUUUAGUAGAAGAAAUGAUGGUGGAACCCUUAAACACCUUCCCAUUCCUAACAUUGUUAUGUUUAUCAGAACUGCACCCACUGCCACCUUCACCUUACCAUUUUGCUAAUGUGUCAGCAUAUAAUUUGAGAGGCCUGUUCGGUUCUUUUCUUCUUUUUUUUUUAAUGGGGAAGCAUUUAGCAAUCAGGGUUUUAUUUUUGGGAGAAACAACAUGCUGUGUAAUCUCCAGUUACUCACAAUAACUGAUCCGCGUUAGUUAGGAGUGGUACCACUUUCAUGGGUUCAGUGAUGUUUCUUCACAGGCUAACAUUUCUACAGUUGUGUCGACUUUCAUUGCAGUUAGCAGCACUCUCAUGUAGUGAUAUGAACAUGCACACGGGAGCUGAGAAGACCUGAGUAAGAACAUGUAACACUUUGACGAAAGUUGCCAGAAUGGUCAAACAAUGCCAAAUAUGAUAUUUCCUUGGGAGCUAAGAGUGAGAAAAAAUAUUGCCCAAUCACACUUAUCAGAUGUAUAAAUAAUCAUGGACUAUGCAGUUUUGAAAAAAAAUAACCUACUUACCUUUCUUUUAAAAUGUUUUUUUUAAAGAUGCUUUGCAUACAUACCUACCCCUGCUUUUCCAUUUCCUACCUACUUUUCUGUCUUGUGUUUUUAUAGUUCCAUCCUGGAAAUAUGUAUCCCUGGUCUGCUGUGCUCCCAGGUUCCAUAGGGCUUGUAUUCAACAGAUCAUGAGUUUGGCCCAUGAUCAGUUCCUUUAAGAGAACUGAUAGAUGCUUGGUUACAAUGUCAGGCAGUGGACCUUGACACUAGUGGCACUUCACUUCACAUUUCCCCCAGAAUUGGCUCAGCAUAACAAUGGAUUAUAUCUGAAUUAGGACCUAACUAGUCUGUUAUACCAUGUAAUAUACAGUGAAAAUAAUUCCAUUCUUUACUUGGACAUAUGAUAAAAUAUAAAUUACAGCUGUACUAACUUUUCAUCAAACAUGCAAUAUUAUUUUAAAUACUUUAUAAUAAUAAACUUAUCUGCCAAUGAAAUGUGUAAUUUGAAUAAUAAUUCAUUCAUUUCUAUACUUGAGACUCUAAACAUGACUGUGGUAUUACUCAGAAUCAUUUAAUUUUGUUUCUCUUGGUAAUUUUAAAUUUGUGAUAAAUUGAUUUGAUUUUGGAAAAACUUUUCAAAUGAUCCUCCUAAAUUUGUGAUUUAUGUUCCUUAUUACAGAACAUUUUUUUUCUGUGCCUUUCAAAUAUCAGGGCCACUGAAAUAGACAUUUAAACUGGAAAAAAUUGACCUUCCCCAAAUACAUUCUAAAUUAAUACGACAUUCAGCCGUGUCUCAACAAAGCAGAGGGUGUACUCUUCUUGCAACUGGGCAGUUGAUCUCAAUGAGGAGUUAUUGCAUUUUCUGUGAAAACAAUAAAGUCAUAGGGUUCAAUCCCAAGCUGCUGCUUUUCCUACAGCAUUCCCUCUGUGGCUAGCCCAUUUAACUCAUUUUCUUAGCAUUGUUUUUAGAAAGGAAUGUCUGUCCUUUUCUACUGUCUUAGAAGGAAAAUUGCUACAAAAUAAUUUGAUUUUUUUCUCAAAUCUCAUAGAAAGUUUGUUGUAUAUUCAUAGUAUAUCUACAUACAAUUGUGUAUGUUAUUACGUGAGCAGUGAAAAACAUAAACGCUUGACACUAUAAUGGGAAGCAUGACAGCCAAGAAAGUCCCUAGUGGAUUACUUAAUGUCUGUUGGAAUAGAAGUGAGAAAUUAUGGUAAAGCUUCCACAUUUCUAUAGGAAUUACUUUUUGAGCAUAUGGCCGUUUGAAGGUUAAUAAGACUGUGAGCAGUGGUUUCACUGCUCUGAACCCAUAUUGAGAAUCUCAAACUGGAAUCCAAAAUUUGGAAUAGGGCUGAGGUUAAACUCUGGGUAGAAACUGCAAUAGUUUUCUCAAGGAUAUAUUUGCAACUGAUUGAAUUUAAUUUCAACAGUACUAAUUUUCCAUGAGUUUAUUUGAAAUGUGUUCUUAUUUUUCAAGCGUCGGGAAAUUCUAUGAGUAGGGCUAAGCUUGGUAGUUUCGCUGGUUUUCUUGUGGCUCUUUAUUGUUGUCCUGGCGCUCCAGGCUUCCCUUUUUAUUUCUUGAGUCUCACCAGUAUAUUUAAAUGUAUAAGUUUAAUCAAAUAUGCAUUGUGUUAAAUUUAUAUAAAACAUUGGAGACCAUAAAAUUUAGAUUGAACUUAAUUUACAUUUUGAUAUUUUCCUUCUUCCAAAUAGUUUCAGAUAGCUGUAUGUUAUUUUCCUUGGAAUUUUUUUCAAUAAAUGAAAUUAUGUUAAAUACUCUAUUAGUGUUUGGGGAAAUUUUCUGCUGUCAAUAAGUAUUUAACUUAAAAAAAAACAAAGAAUGACAUUUAGAAUGGCAAUUAAAAUUAAAGUACCAUGAUUUCUUUUGCAAUUAAGAAGCCUUUAUAGACUCACUACUACAGUGAACACAAUUAGACUAUCAAGAUUUGUGUUGAUUUUUACAUCCUUUGCGAUAGAUCAUUUUAUUCUAUUGUAUUAGACUGCCAGACACUAAAAUCUUUCUGAACCGAUGUAAUUUAAGAAUCGUGGUAUUAUGAUGUGGUGUAUCAGCUAGGCUUCUAUAUGACACAUGAAAUGAUCACAGCUGGAUGAUGCAAAGAUUGCAGCUGGAUGAUGUAAUGAUCGCAGCUGGAUGAUGCUAAACAGAUUCAGAGACAUUGUUUUAAUCACAUGUUCCCAAGGACACUGUCAGCUAAAUACACUGAUCUGCAGUGAUGAGUGAGAAUCUAAGUGUAAAUGUAAUUCUGAAAAUCAUGACAUGUUGUUGUUACCUUACUGCCUAUUCAGCUUAAUUGUGUGUUACCUUUGCUAUGAUUAUUCCUCUAAGUAAACCCUUGAGCAUUUGGAAAUGGAGAUAUAAUUAAUACUUAAACCCAUUAAUUGUUUUUGAAAGUCAUUUCUCUCCAAAUGACUCGUUCACUCUGUGUUAAAUGACUGUUUCUUUAAUCUGUGUUAAAUUACUGUUUAUUCUCCAUGAGCUGUUUGAAGUUAAUAUUCAUUUUGUAGAUUUUAAGACUUUUCCCUAAGAUACUAGGAAUUGUUCCUUAGUUUUAUGUAUUUUUACUUCUCUGAAGAAACUGUGACCUUAUCUGUGGCGACGCUGCCCAUCCAUGUCUUUAUUAUCUACAAUAGAAAGGAGGUAAGGUAUAAGUCUGGGUUCUAGGAAGUAUGUAGCACAAUUUAUUACUGGUUAACUUAUAUUUGAACUGAAUUCAAAAGAUUAGGAAACAAUCAAAACAUUUACCUUUCAAUGACAAAAUCAUUGAAAUUUUACAAACAGGAUGUAUGUCGUGUGUAUUAGGAAAAGAAGAAAAUCCAAUUAUUGAAAAACUUUUGUUUUUAACAUAAAUAUCUGGCAUUUUUUAAUUUUACAGGCAAUAUUAUUAUUUCAUUCUUUCUGUCUUUCUCUUUCUUCCUUUCUUUCUUUCUUCCUUCUUUCUUUCUUUCUUUCUUUCUUUCUUUCUUUCUUUCUUUCUUUCUUUUUUUUUGAUACAGACGAUCAUAUAGCCCAGACUGAACUCAAACUCACUUUAUAGGGGAGGCAUGUGUUGAACUCUGGAUCUUCCAGAGUCUAACACCCUAAAACGAGGCAUUUUAUGUGUUUAAAUUUGCUAAUGAAGUAAAAUUAAAAUAAAAUAAGAUAAAAUUAAAAUUAGAGGCAUGAACCAUAAGACCAGCACAGGUAAAACACAAAUGUUGAUAUUGUCUUUGCAAAGAAAUUAACCUAGAGCAAAUUAGACUAAUUACAUGUUUAUGAAAGCCCAAAAUAAACAGGGGAAUGAUAAUUUCUAGGGUCUAUAGUUUUUUAAAUGAGCUUUGUUUGAGGACAUAUGAGUUCCAUCUUGAUUUAAAGUCUAGGGUUUUUUUUUUUUUUUUUUUUUUUUGUUUUGCUCUAGGCUCCAGUCACCUAGUAAAUGUAAAUACAGUAUGAGACAAACAUUUUCAUUUUCAGACACAAUUGAUAAUUUAAAUUACAAAACAAAAUUGUAAAAAAUAGUAGGAUAGAACUCAGGAGGAUCAUCACAAUUUCUGUUCACACUGAGAGACACAGUAAGUUCUAUGCCAGCCUGCACUGCAGAGUGUGACCUCAUCUCAAAUGUAAACCAAACCCCCCAAAAAAGAAAUUUCUGAAAAUAUAUGGCAAAGAAUAAAUGGUACAAAGGUAAGAAACAAAGAGUUGAAAUCAAAAUAGUACUGAGAAGAGAUAGCUCACAUCCUUUUAAAUUUGUUUCUGUAUUAUAUUACAUAUCUAAAUUCACUAGACUACACAAUUUAGCAAGUCAAUGAACUCAAAAUGAGAGAAUGGGAUAAUGGGUCUUAUGCAGCAGAAUAAGGCACUUAAGUAAAUGCUGGGGUGUUUGUGUGUUAAAAUUUGCUAACGAAAUAAACAUAUUGUUGGUUAAGUUCUCAUGAAAUGAAUUUAAUAAAGUGGAAUCAUUUCAAAUUAAAUGAUUUCCAUAGAAUUUUGCAAGUAUCUCAAAGGCCUUUACAGUGUUGAGGUAUUGAGGGUACUGGAUGGGCACUGAUCCAAAUCAGUAAGCUCCAUGAAGCUUGUAAUUUCUUAAUCACCAGUCCAAUCCUGUGCCCUUAGUUGUGAUUUCUCUAUUUUGGCCUCUUUCAAGAUAUAAACACCUCGCAGAGCCAGGUCCUAUUAUUAAAGGGUAACAGUUGUCCAUCCACACAGCCUUUCAAGUAGAAAACUAGAAAGGUCAACCAGUGGACUUUCUGGCAAGAGCUAAGGGACAAGAAAUAGAAGCAUAAAGUGAAGAAAGGCACACACUGUCCAAUACAUUAUUUCCAUAGUUGUCCCAAGAACAGGUGAGGCUUCAUACCCAGUACAGACAAGGUAGAUGGAGUUACAGGCAAGGAAGGCUUCUGAGACAGCUCAAGCUAUCUCAGAGUGGUGAGGAUGGUAGUAUGAAACUCACAGUGGUUCCCAGAGAGAUGAGUACCAAGAAAGUCUAUGGAUAACGUAUCUUACAAUGAACUAAAAUACACUAUCCACAUCAGUAGAAAAGAGAAGAAAAUUUAUCAACUAAAUGUUUUUGAAUAGGUACACAUUGCUAUAAAAUAAAAAUAAAGUUUUAAUGAAUUAAAUAAACCUUUAAAAUAUUUAUAAUAACUUCUUGUGAAUAUUUGACUAUAUGCACACCUUUCUCUUCUUUUGUUUCUGCCUAAUCUAAGAUCAACUAAGCUGAUAUGUGGAUCUUGUCAUUCUGAUGCGAAUUCAUAGCAAGCUGUUGACUAGUCUAGAGUACAUGUCACUUGAAUAUGUCUUUCAUCAAGUCCCAUCACAGACUGCUUCUAUUUAAACUCCUCAUCAAUUUCUCAUAUGAGUUUCUGUUUUUAUGUCCCUACAACCCUCUCUCUUUCCUGUAAAAUAAAGACCUGGCAACCCUGUAAUAUGGUAUAUGAUUGAUGGAAAUAGAGUUUGGAAAGCACUUAAACAGCUUUAACUAUGGAUGUCAGAGCAUCAUUGAGCCAUUUGCUACGUCUCAAUGUGUUAAUGGGUUAUAAAGAAAAACUUUCUUACUGAAAAUCACCUGUAUGUCAGCUUGCACACAUUUCGUAUUUCAGUAUAAGCCUUUUGAAUUAUUCCCAUUUUUCCAACAUUAUUUACUCACACACACAUGCUAUUUACAUGAUUUGUCAUUUUCAAAGUAAUUCCAGAUAUGUUAUUUCAUCUACGAUAAGCCCUAAACACUAAUUACUCACUCAUGAGCUAUGUGAAAAUACAUACAUGGAUAACCUAUUCCCUAUACAGCAUUAUGCCUCUUAUGACAUGACUAAACACAAUAUCAUUUGCAGUCCAGGAUUUAAAUAAACAUGUAAUAAAGAUGGUUCUAUAGUCUAUUAUCUAGUGACCCUCUAUGCACUAGCAUAUUUAAGACAGUUACUCUUUGUACUACAAAAAAAAAGGAUUUGCUCUUAUUUGGUAAUAAUAAAAUACUACCAGUUAUAAUAGGCAGUCCUAUUUCAAUGACGGCAAAUUGUAAACAAAACCUGAAUUUUAUAAUUAAUAAAGUAAUGCGGCAGCAGGACAGAUGUCUGAGAAAUUAAGAGUGCAUACUGUUCUUCCAUAGCACCUAAGUUCAGUUACCAGCAUUCAUUGUUGGACAGCUAACAACUGCCUAUAACUCUAGCUGCAAGAGAUCCAACUUCCUCUUCCACCGAUGCAGGCAUUUGUAUGCAUAAAGCAUUCACACACACACAGACACGUGCGCGCGUUCACACACACAAACACACACACACACACUAAAUAAAUAAAUAGAUGAAUGAAUGAAUAAAUGAAUAAGUAAAUAAAUAAGUUUAAGGCAAUACUUUUUCUUUUCUUUCUGAAACAUAGCAUUAUGUAUAAAUUGACCAGUCAUUGUAUUUGUGUCUGACAGUAAAACCCCUAUGACUCAGAAAACAGUUGGCCUCACAUUCUAAUGUUAAUUAUAAUCUCUGGAGACAAGCCUUGAAAAUUAAGAUCCCAUGGUUUUAGCAGGAGGAAAUUUUGGGUCCACAGACUUAGAAGAAUGGGAGGGACAGUACUUAAAACACUUAGUUAAUUCUGAUACUUUCACAGUGGGCUAGUGAAGACAGGAAGAUCCUUGAAAUUCAUUGACUUGGCAGCCUAGCCAAAUCUAUGUGCUUUGGGUUUAGGGAAAGAUCCUGCAUCAAAAUAUAAUGAUAAAGAGUGAUUGAGGAAAGAUAAUGUCCACCUUUGACCCAAAUGCAUGUGCACACACACAAGCAUUCAUUCUUGCAUGUUCGUGUAUACACACACUAACAUCUACAUACAUCACAUAGACAAAUGCAGCGCUUACUCAAAUUUUAAAAGAAAUAAUUCCAAUCUAUCUAAUGUACAGUUUGAAAAGCAUCAAUGUUGUGGGCAGAACAUAAUGUCAUAUUCUGAUUUUACCCCCACUACUUCUUGAAAGUAUAAGGCAAGAAGAUUAUUGUAAGGACAAUAUUUACUCAGUCUCUCUCUCUCUCUCUCUCUCUCUCUCUCUCUCUCUCUCUCUCUCUCUCUCUCUCUCUCUCCCUCUCUCUCCAUAUAUAUAUACAUACAUAUAAUAGUAGCCUAGAGUCCACUGCAUAAGUUCCCACAUUUCCCUUGUUUAUGGAUGGGAGAAGAUGCUCUAAGAAGUUCAUAUAUGUAAACCAUGACUCGAACCCUGAUUGACAUGUAACAAGUAUUCACACAAAUGUCUACUCACAUAUGGCAAUAUUUCAAUAAUAUUUUCUUUGCUCAAUGACACUCUAAUUAAAUAAAUUGACCAAUUUUAACUAAGUAUUUACAGUGGUCUUGGACUUUUAGAUAUUGACAUAAGGUGACAUAUUUUAAACAAUUUCUCUGAAAAUUAUUUUCACAAAUAAUUUUUCUUGCUGUUCUUUGCUUUGCAUUAAACAUAGACAAUGAAUAAUUUUCCAUGAUAUUUUAUUGAUUUAAAUAUCUUAAUAUAUUUUCUUAAGCCUACAUGAAUUACAUUAGCCCAGAAAUUAAGAAAAUUCUCUUGUAGGGGAGUUUUGAAUAGUCAUGUUUAUUUUAAAAGAAACUUUAAAAUAAAUUUAAGAAAUUUAAACUAUUUUUAUUGAAUAAGGAGAAGCUGAAAAUCAAUAUCUAUAUUUAUAUACGUGCUUAUAUUCUGCACAUAAAGAUUAACCUCUUUUAAUCUAAAUCUGUAGGGUCAUAAUUUCACAUGCACUUAGUAGCAAGUAAUACAAAGAUUUGAUACAUUUUUUUCUAUUUUUUUCAAAGAAUGUCCUGCAAAACAGCAGUAAAGUGUUACAACUUCACCCCUCAUGCUAGCCAGAGCCAUUGGUCAUGUUCCCAAGUAUUGAUUAUGCUUGUGUGUGUGUGUGUGUGUGUGUGUGUGUGUGUGUGUGUGUGUGUGUGUUGCUAUGUUAUCACUUCUGUAGAAGAUUCAGGUGUGCAUUACCAUAGUCAAACACAGUAUUUCAAUUGCAGGAGUCUCUUCAAUGCUGCGUUUCUGGAAACCACUGUCCUCUCAUUUUGUCAUUGCAAGAGUAUAUAGAAAUGAUAUUGCAAUUUUACAUGGUAGCUGUUUCUUCCCUCACCAUAAUUCUAUGAAGAUUGAUCAGUAGGUUUACAUUUCAUUACUGAAUGUAGCAUAGUUUAGCUGCGGGACGAUUUGUGUAAGCAUUCACCCAAAGAAAGGAAUUUGUUGUUUCCAUUAUGGGACUAUUUAAAAAACAAACAAAAACCAAAAACAUAGAAAAAAACAUUCUUGUCCAAAUUAUUUUUGUAAAUGUUGUUGUUUCUUUUUCAUAAUAAAUGUCUUUAAAGACAUCUGCUGGGUUAUAUGGUAAUUGCCUAUUUGGUUUUAUAAAUAACUACAAGUUCCUCCAGGGUUGCCUGCCAUCUUUUAUUCCUAUCCCCAAUGAAUUAAUGCCUUAUUUAGUAUAUUCUCAAAAGCAUUGAUGGUCAUUGCUCUUCCAUUUCAAUAAUCCUGGCUUUAAUUUUCACUUUUCUAAAGGCAAAUGAAGAGAAUGUUUUCCAGUCUGAGGACUGACAAUGGAGAGGUUUCUUCAGAGCCCGUCCCUAUACUCAUGAUGGUAGUUCAAAAUGUUUUAUGAAGCUUUUUAGAUGCCCCACCUACUCUACUUCAUGCUUGCUACCUGUCACUCUCAACCACUUGCUCACAACCAAGUCACUCCUCUCCCAACCCUAUGCCUGCCACCAGCUGCCUUUCACUCUGACAGUGCCCACCCUCUGCCCUGUACCAGCCACCAUCAGCCACUCUGCCACAAACAAACGACGCUCCACCCUAUCCACCUUUCCUACACAAACUGCCCUAAAACACAGCUGGAAGCUGCCAGCCUUGGGGAGGACAACUAUGUCUGUUUGAAACCUUCCAGAGUUCCCCAGUGGAGUCAAGUUUACCAUCUACAGUGCCCUUGGAUUAAGAGCAGUUUUUCAUCAGUUACCUUAAUUUCCUUUCCUCAAUUCCUCAGAUCUCUACUGGAACCUUCUGGAAUCACACCAUCAUGAUAAAAUUUGCCUUUUGGUUUAAAGACAGCUUUAGAAAAUUCAAACUGAAAACUGGCUUAGAUUGGAGUACCAAGAUUCUGUUUUCAAAAAAUAAGCAGAGCUCUUUUUAAUCUAUUAAUAUUCCAAAAUUUCACUAUAUACAGUCUAGUUAUAUACAUGUCUAACAUUAUAUAUAUAUUACUCAAAAUAAGUUUGUCUUAUUCCUCUGUCCUCUUGUCUGUUUGGACUUAUCUUGUCUUCCCUACCUCCUCUAGUAUUAAACAUGUUAUUCUAGAAUUAAGAAAAAGUCAGAGGGGGUGAGAGUAAAACGAGGACAUGGUUCGUUAUCAAUGGAGGAAUUCAUGUGUAUAUCGGGAGAGUCUUAUCUAAAGGAGGUUCUGUACUAGAUUCAGGUAUGCUGAAAAUAUAGCAUUUUAUUUUCUAUACAGAAGUUUAAUGCAGGCAAGAACAUCACAAUUUCCUGUUCAUGUCUUAGGGAUUAGUUAGAACAAUGGAAGCAGAAACAAAAUGGUCCAUAAUUAUACCCGCUGACAGAGGAAUUACAGUAAGUUAAACAGAAUAUUCUGUAUUUAUUGAAACACACUUAAUACAGAGUUUGAGUUUGAAAAAUUAAUUGUUCAUAAAAAAGUGAAAAUCACAUUUAAAAGGUAUUGAAAAUGACAAUGUAUACAUAAACAGUGGCAAUAACGAACACUAUGCAUGCUGGGAAAGAUAUUGAUCCCUAUGAGAGCACAUAUUUAAAACAGUCUUUAAGACCAUUUUUUACGUGUCUAUCUAUUCCCACUUGUACAGUAAUUACUUGUUGGGUCUCAAUUAUAAACUUUUCGUUGUAUUUAUUCUUCCUGGGAAACAGCGCAUUGAACAUAAAGCAGUCCACAGUCCCACUACAUUUCUUUUCAUCUUUAUGGCCCAGAUAGCUCAAAUGAUUUUGGAUGUGUGCUAAUAACGUCCUUUCUGUGGACUCAAAAACUAUCUUAAUUAGUGAAACAUAUUUCAUGGAUACAUACUGCUAGUUUCCUCCAACCAUCUGAGCAAUCCUUACAGUCAGUCAGAAAUGAAACCAAGACAGACUGUAUGGCUAAAAUUAGGUUUAUCACUAUUCCUGACAAAUAAAGAUACAAUAUUUUUUCUUCAUUUACCCUGCCACUUCUCCAGCUUCCCUUAUAGCUAAAACAGCACAGAGUCGCUGACAAACACCUGUGAAUCAACCUUGACGAGCCUCACUGUUCACCUUGUACAUUCAACCCAUUAGCACAGCUUUUGAAUUUUGCGUCUUGAGUAUAUUUUAAAUAUAUUUUGUCAUUAUUCAUCUCCAAUGUGCCUACUGUAGACCGAGUUACUAUGAAAUCUUGCUAAGAAACAAGACCUCUUGUAGACUUCUAUAUCCUGUCGCGGCAUCAUACCUCACAUUGUAGACUAGUUGAUUGUCUUACAAUAUAAGCAAGUAAAUAUGUUUCCUUUAUAUUUUAAUGGAUUCUCAUUGCUCACCAAUUAAGGACAGAAUUAUUAAAGUAAUAAAAUGUUUAUCUGAUCUACUUUCUACCAUUCCCCCUCCUGACAGCAGCUCUCUCUUUUCAUUUUGGAAACUGAGGUCUCUAAUAUGGCCUCUAUACCCUUAAGGCUAUUGUGCCUAACCCUAAACAUGGCUUCCAUUUCUUGCUCUCAUUGAAUACAUAUAUCUCAAAAUUCUGUUUCAGCAUUUACAUCAAAUCAGUUUAUAUUGCAUGUUCACUCUCAGUUUUCCCUUAUAACAUUUCUCUGAAGUUUAAUUGAAUGCUGGUGUGUUUUAUUAUGAGUACCUACUUAAUACUGUCUGAGCACCAGAAAGCCAGGUGGAGCACACUUUUUUUGCUUAUGAUUUAUUCAAAUAUUUCUGAGCAAAACAGUGUCAAUGAUUGCUUUUGCCACUUAAGGGUCUCUCAGAAGCCAAUUCCAAGGAUUUUUCUCUGACAUCUGUUCCCUUCAUCAUGUUAUUUCCAGUAAUUCCAUUCAUCACACUUUCAAUUGUAAGAUUUAAAACACCAGUAUAUGUCAACAGCAUUUUAUGAACUUUCCAGAUGAUAUGGGAUAUUAUCUGUUUUGUCUCAUGCUGCAUGUUAUUCUAACUCAACCAUAAACAUUCCAAAAGUUCUAUGUUAAUUCUGUCAUGUUCCAACUCACCUAGUAUAAGAAUUUUAGCUCAGUAGAUGAUUUCCAAAUUGACCUUAUUCUUCUGAUCUUCGUAUCUUAAAACACAGAUAUGAGGUUAGUGUGAAAUCCCUGAAUUGAGAAUCCUAAGAAAUAGCUUCCUCUUCAUAUUUAAGAAAAGAAGUUUUACAAUGUUGUGUUUCAAAAGAUUCCUUAAAUAAUCUUAGACCUUCUUUGGAUCCCAUCACUAGAAACAAAUUGAAACCCAGAAAAACAAAUUUUCAUCCAACAGCUUGAUGUGUUUGUAACCUGUGUGUGCACACUCAUAAUAAACACAUUUACAAACUUCUGUUUUCCAGGUUUGUAAGAGUAUCUUCAUCUGAAUCAUUAGUUAAAAACAUUACAAGUAAGUCUGUCUUAAUAGGACAUGAAUAAAAAUCUUCACAUAAUUUAAAAAAACAGAAAAAAUUGAAUUCUGAAAUUCUCCUGCACACUGUCUUGUUGAUAUGGCCACCAUGACCCCAUCUCCCACUUACCCGUGAAUUAGGUCUAACUGUGAGUGAACCCAUUGAGUCAUCGGGGACUCCAUUCCCUUCAUGUCCUCAGUCUGAUCAUCAUUGUCCUCCAUUUCAAAUGUCUCUGACCUUUCUUACCCCACUCUGUCUACACAGAUCCGGACUUUGUCGCAACAUGGUAACUUAUGUCUCUGACUUUAUGCCCCAUUCUCAAAUGUACCAUCAUAAUCCCAUUAAGUUGGUAUUCCUGAAUAGAGUCCCACUCACUGAUCAGAACAAGAAUAUGGCACCUCAAGGCUACUGGUUCCCUCUCAGGGAUCCUCACUGUCUACCUAUUGCAUACUGACUAUAGUACAAAUGCCUACAUAUAUAGCCACACUUUAAAAAAAUAGUUAUAACUUCCCAUACCACAAUAUAGUGUACUUUUACAGAAAAGAAUACUAUCUCUAGAAUGGAUUCACUUUUUCUAAACUCUUUGAAUUGGACUUAAGUGAUGUCUUCAAGCUUAGGAUGUCUUCUAGUUUAUGUUCCUGGGACAGGGGGAGAUGUGUUUAAUCUAAAACAGAUGUCGAAUGCUGGCUUUUUACCUGAUAAUUUUGUUAAAACCCAUAUCACCUUUUAGUAUCUCUUUUACAAAAUAAAUACUUUGCUUUAUAGUAUGACUAAUUGGUAAUUUCUUAUUCCUUAGUGAAGACUGUAAGCUCCACAGGAGCAGGCAUUAUCUCCUAUUUCAUGUUCCCUGCAAUGACAGCAUCAGGGAUUAGUGUAUACUAGGUGCUCAACUAAUAUUUGUUAAAUUUAACUAAAUAUGUAGGAAACCAAACUAAUAAAAAUGUGUACAUAUAUUUAAAAAUUCAAGAAAUAAGAAAAAUUUGUAUAUCAGAAUGUACAGAAUAAAGAAUUUAUUGCUCCUGCUGUA